AUGGGUGUAGAUCAUCAGUAUUAUCCAAGGAAACACCCACAUUCGUCUCCGACUCGUCUUCUUCGUGUAACAAUUCCUUCAUCAUCAAAUUUUCUAUAUGAUAAAAGCGAUUUUAUAUGGAAUAAUCCAACAGAACUUAAUUUACUCGAUGUUAAAAAAGCACCAUUAACAACACCAGUUGAUGAAAAUACUUUUGUAAAACUUUUACCAUGUAUACGUCGUCUAUAUACCGUUUUUAAUGCAUUAUGUCCAAAUAUUUAUCGUAUACAUAGUUCGGAUUCGUCAAGAGUUUUAUAUGAAAUAAUUUGUUUAAUCGAACAAUAUCUUCAUAUACAUCCAUUACCAACAAUAUCAAUAAAUGAACUAAUUCAUAAUGAAGACUAUUUUCAUAAAUUUAUACAUAAACUAACAUUAUCACCAUCCUAUCAACCAUAUCUUGAUACAUUUUUAUUAUCAACAAAAACUGAAAUACGCUGUUUUGGUCAAGGUAUACACGCAUGUGACUAUAAUAAUCAACUUAAUCAAACAACAUUAUUUUGUUUUGAAUUAAAAACAUCACUAAAAAACCUUUUAUUAUUACCAAUUGAUAUACGUAUAUUAGAUUCCGAAAAAAAUAUUGUACCGAAUGAUACUAAACAUAUAAAUACAUACAAUCAUGGAUAUACAAAAUUAUUUUCCUGUAGUUAUAAACCUGUAACACAAGCAGGAACUUAUACAAUAUCUUUUUUUUACAAUCAUAUUGAAGUAACAAAUAAUCCAUUUACUGUUUUUAUAAGAAAUCCAUGUCAACAGAAUGAAGAAUUAUUAUCAGUAGACGUGAAAAAGAUGAAUGGGCAAGGUAAAAAUAAUUAUUUCUUCUCAAGGAUUUUAUAUAUUUUUAUCUGA